UAAUUAGCCAAACGUGAUACGAUUCAUGGAACAAAACACAGGCAGUAACUGCUGUGUGUCACGAACGACUAUAUUUUGCAGUAGUAAACUGCUGCCAUUUCACUUUGCGCAGGUAUACAGAUUGCCAGGAUCAUGGCUGAAGCCCAGAGCCUGACCGAAGAGAUUCCAGGCCCACCUGCUGAUCCAAUCACUGCCGUCGGAGUGGUGACAUCACAAAGCAAGGCACCUGCUCAUUACCGUGUUGUUGCACAAACAACAGAUGGCUCCGACGCAGACCUGUGGAAGGACGGCCUAUUCAAAUCCAAGGUCACACGCUACCUCUGUUUCUCCACAGGAAAUAGCCAAACAGCCAAUGUUGUUGUUGACAUGAGGCUGAUUGAUUUGAAGGACACCUUACCAGAGGGUUUCACACUCCUCUCAGAAACACUGGAUACACAGGAGAUUGCCCUGAGGAAGAAUAGGCUGUGUGUUAAGCUCUGCCCUCGCGGAGACGCCCAGACCGCUGUGUGUGACAUGGUGAUCAUCUCCAAGGCCAAACACACACCGGCUGACUACACUUGUAUAGGGGAGCUGAACGGUAUGGGGAUAUGGUAUCGGAUGGGCAGUGUGCACCAGGAAGAGUCCACCGAUGUUCCCAUCUCCAGCCCAACAAGACCAGCAGAGAAGGACCCUAACAGCCUCUACAGAAGGACCUCGAGCAGACCUGACUACCAGCACCAGACCUCAGGCCUCUACACCAUGUCAGAGCGGUGCUUAUCUGAAAGAGUGAACACUGCCUCCCAGAGGGCUUCACCACUGCACUCACGAGAACAUUUAACAGCUGUCAAAGAUGAUCCAACGCAUGGCAUCGUCACAUCUACCUUCCCUUCCUUUUACUCCUCGUGUGGUCGAGACUGAAGCUAAACGCUCCCUGGGAUGAUAACCAAUGAAAAGUAUUUGAUGAAAGGCAGCCAGGGUUUAGUCUUCAUGCCGCGGCGCGGGUAGGCAGAGCUGGUCUAGGUGAGGUGGGAGGCUGGGUAGUGGAGGUGUAGAGAGCGGAGGUGGGAGGCUGGCUAGUGGAGGUGUAGAGAGCGGAGGAGGCAGAGAAGGCAGCCUUUAUCCAGCUGGAGAGAGACACCAUGUGGUGAAGGUUCACCCUGCUCCAGAGAGGAGGACUGUCAGGGCGAUGCUGGGAUCCCAGUUAUCCCUGUCAGACUCUGGUUGUCUUCCUGCUUACUGUUUGGCCUGACACAUAGGUGACACUAUCUACCAGCCUGUCAGAGCACACAUGGUUUUUAGACCAUGAGCAAUAGAGAUGUCUUUAAUAAAUGAUGGUAUGCAUUUCCAAUGUGUGUUUCUAAGCAGUGAUUUGGAGAUAAAUCUUCAUUAAAACAUUUUUGUUUUCAGUUGAAAUGUUUUACACCUGUAAUUUAUAGGAUUUCUUAGGAUAUCAUGCAUGCAUGAAUAUAUAGUUAAUCACACAUUCAUGUUUUUUUACAUGAAUUACAUGAAUGUUAAUAUGCUGGUAUUG